AUGGCUUCUUUCAUCCCAUCUUCGGACCUAGGAGCCAAUGUUAUUGUUACGAAAGAAGAAUUCUUUAUCUUUCACAACAUUGAUCGUCAACUCUUCUCCCGAUUGGUGGUGGGAUUAGGCCAUGACACUAGCCAAUCCACACAUGUCAUGGCCUUCAUCAUGUGGCUUGAAAAACAGUGCAAAGAUAUGAAAAUGGUGAAGAACAUCCUCCAAUGGCCAGAAGCCAAGCUUGAUAGCCUUGCGGGUGAGGCCAUCUUGGUUUUGAAUUGCAUUGAGAGUUCCCAAUUCCCUCAUGAUGGUGUUGUUAACGAUAAGGGUUUGCCUUUGAUCAAAAGCAUCAUGCGAAACAAUGCCAUAUCAUUGAAAUACUUUUAUGAUAAUCGUGUGACUAUAAUCGAUGAGCUAACAAAAUUACUCAGCAAUGUUUGUGAAAGAGCCUUCAUAGACAUAGUGCAACAAGUGCAAUAUACAAAGGCUAUGGAGGAGCAACACUUGAAAAUUGCAAAUAUUUAUGGGGCUGGUCCUUAUAUAAAACAAAUGGUAUAUUAUACUCCGCUACCUGGGGUUAAUAUCGUACCUCAUCAACAGGUUGCAAUAUCAACACCACAAUGGAGUGAAGGAAGUUAUAACACUUCGAGUGUUGCUAAUCCUCCUCAAGAGACGACUUAUGAUGUUUCAGUCCAAAAAGAAUGUAAUCCAAAUUUUAACGAGCUCAUGGCCAUGUUGAAUCAUACCAGUGAAAAUAAGGAGGUUCCGGUUGAUGAUAGGAUAAUCUUUAUGACGUUUUCCAGAGGGUACCUUAUUUCGGAAGUUGAAGUCCGGGAUUUCUUCUUAAGAAUGUAUGGGGAUAUUGUUGAAGCAUUGCAUAUGCAAGAUGUAGUUCCACCGGAGCAACCGUUAUAUGCUCGCGUAGUGAUUCGCGCUGAGGCCAUACAUAUGAUUGAUCAUAUCCUUGAAAGUACAAAUAAAGUAAAACUCUCCAUCAAUGGGAAGCAUGCUUGGGCCAGAAAAUAUGUUCGUAAAGAUAACAAGUCAACUAUUGAAAAAUCCCCAGUGACUUCACGAGCACCUUCACCAUCUUCAAUAAAGACAUUUUAUUGA